AUCGAGAGUUUCACUUCGCUUCUCUGCACCGAGCCGGUUCAACAACAACAACAACAACAACAGCAACCUGUGGACCUCCACACCACACAGCGGAGAGUACACGCUGUUCUAUCCGCUCUCAGGGAUCCCCAGCCGGGGCAUGUCCGCAACAUGUUCGACUUAAACGGAGGCUGGAACUUGUCCUUCGCCGGCUGCGGGUUUCUGGGGAUUUAUCACAUCGGAGUAGCCAGCUGUCUGCUAGAGAAAGCGCCGUACCUCAUCAGAGAGGCCACGAAGCUGUACGGAGCCUCCGCCGGAGCUCUGACCGCCUCUGUGCUCGCGAGCCAGGCUUCGAUAAUCAAAUGCUGUGAAGAUGUCAUCGAGGUUGCAAAAGAAGCCAGGAAGAGAAACCUGGGUCCUCUUCACCCGACGUUCAACCUGGUCAAGGUGAUCAAGACCGGUCUGGAUCGGGACCUGCCGUCGGACGCUCACGUCCUGGCGUCGGGGCGGCUGUGCAUUUCUUUGACCCGAGUGUCAGACGGGGAGAACGUGCUGGUGUCGGAUUUCGACUCCAAAGAUGAGCUCAUCCAGGCGCUGAUCUGCAGCUGCUUCAUCCCGGUCUACUGCGGCCUGAUUCCUCCGUCCUUCAGAGGAGUGCGAUACGUGGACGGCGGGAUCAGCGACAACCUGCCGCAGUCGGAGCUGAAGAACACCAUCACCAUCUCGCCCUUCUCUGGCGAGAGCGACAUUUGCCCACGGGACAACUCCACCAGCUUCCACGAGCUGCGCUUCACCAACACCAGCAUCCAGAUGAACCUGGGCAACAUGUACCGCCUCAGCAGGGCGCUGUUCCCACCUGAGCCAAAGGUCCUGGCUGAGAUGUGUCAGAGCGGUUAUAAAGAUGCUCUGCGCUUCCUGGAGGAGAACAACCUGUUGAUGCUGCAGCACCCGACCUCGGGCCCCGCCCUGCAGGAGAGCUCGCCCUCCUGCUGCUGCAAAGAAUCAGAGACCACCAAAGACUGGGUGCUGCGGAGGCUCCGCCUGCUGAGGAAACAGCACUGGUGGCUGGACGAGCAGAUCGCUCUGCCCACGCCCAUCAAGAAAGUGUUCUGCGAGGCCUGUCAGGAUAAAUCCGGCCUGUACACCAAAGUGUCCGGGAUGCUGCCGAUGAGAGUGGCCUCCUACAUGCUCAUGCCGUACACUCUACCUGUGCAGUCAGCCUACUCAGUGGCUCAGAGGUUCGUGGAGUGGAUCCCGGAGGUGCCCGCCGACAUGAGCUGGCUGUUUGGUGUGGCAGGAAACGUGUACCGACAGGCGUGGAAGGGAGGCACGCCAGCCACCUCUAUUAGUGAACCGUGCUUGAGGAAGUGCUUGAGCGAGCCGCCUCCCUCUACAGACGGCGACGAGCCAACGCAGAGAGACCACCCUCCUGCUCUUUCCUCCCUCGACCUCCAUGGGAGCUACUGGGAGAUCCCAAAUUCUACCUCCUCUUCAUCCCCUCCCCAUCCUCCUCACAUCGCCCCCUCCUCUCCCAUGCAGGUCUGCUUCUUCGUGGGCCUGCAGGACGAGCCUCAGAGCCCAGCAUAGCCGUGAGAUGACCAGCACUUUAACCACAGCGGUGUCAAACAUUCACCUUCUUUUGGAAGCACAAUUGGUGGAUUGGUGGUGAACCUUUGAAUCGUUGCUCAUCUUGGACUCUGUACACUCCAGACGGCACCCAGUGUCAAAUAUUUUAACGAGUGCUCUGGAGAGCAGCGUCACGUUUUGCUCAGGAUCAUGGAUUUGUUUUAUGACCUGUUUUUAAUGUGCAGUCUCGUUUCACAGUUUGACUACAACCUUACCUACCUGUUUGUUUAAAAUAUUUACUCAGUUAUUCUUCAUUCCAGCAUAAUUGAUCCAAUUGUGUCACUUUUUCUCCGCACAAUUCACUCUUUCAGUCCUUCUGAUUAUGUUUGUUUUCAUUGUGUCACAUGACGGUUUUUGGAAGCCAUGUUGGACGUUUAGCGGUCCCUAUGUGUAACAUAUCGAAGGUUCCCAUGAAUAUAAAGAAACAGAUGUUUAUCAUAUUCCUUGCGCAUCAAAAGUUGUUUUGUAGGUAUUCUUAAUAUUUUAAAGUUUGACAUUUCCUGAAAAACACAGACACAUUUGUAAACCUUCACUUUGGCGUACACAAGUUUAUACUCCCAGUUUACAUAAUUACAAAUUUUAAAAAUUUCACAUCACUCUUUCAUGACUGUACAUCCUGUCGGUUUCAAGCCCCAGUGCCUGUACAAGCUAACUACAUGUUAACAUCCAGAGCUUGCUAGCCUUCGUGUUUUGCUGGAUUUUCCAUUCCUUCGACUUAUUUCCGAUCUUUUGAUGACCACUUGUCUAACACCGUGGCCAAAUACCUAGUAAUUUUUUGUCACAGUGAAUGGUGUUCAAAUUGUUGCAACUGUUAGCAUUUCUCGUUAACUAGCUUAUUAGCUGUAGUAAACAAACAGUCUUUCCUGAACCAGCUGGAACAUUAAUAUCUACUUUCAUUGAUUAAUGUUAUUUCAUGAAAGGUCAGUCCAUGACUAGACAAUCUUUAAUGUUGUUUAAUUAAUUCUUCAGUGGUGUGAAAGCCUGUGUCAGAUGCGAUAGAAGUUUUAGCUAACAUAGAUGUUGGCUAAUGUGAACAUUUGAAUCCCAAAAGUAUUUUUAUAUAAUUAAAUUGAGAAAGAGUAAAGCCUGAUUUACCCACAAUUUCUACAUAUUCCACUCGCCGUUCUCCAGUGGACCAAUCACAGGGUUGGAGGUCUUAAUCGUUUCGACGUGUAGUUACAUUUUUGAGGAGGUGUACUUCAGGCGUACUUAGUCUUCUGCGUAGGUAAAUCAGGCUUAAGAGAGCUGCCGAAAACUAUCUUCUUUGAACAAGUAUCACUCUAAUCUUACAAAAAGAGGAUGUGCAAUAAUGUGUUUAUUCUCACGUCCCCCAAGGUCAGAAAAAAAAGGUGAAACAUUGCUCUCAAAAAUGUACAUAAUUUUCUAAAAAGUUGAAAGAUUUGAAUCUGGAGUGCUUGGAGCAGCCGCACAAAAAAGGUGUAGCUGAAUUGAAAAAAGACGCUUGCGCUCAGAAUAAACGCUAGUUGGACAUGGGGCCUAAGACGAUUGUAGGGUACCAUAAUCUAUAGGAAUGCUGGCCAUAGCUAAAAAAAAAAAAAAAAACUCUAGUAGUGAGAAACUUAAGUGUCCUUUAAGCAAAGACAACAAUCAAAGCCCUUAAGCUUAGAGCCAGCAACAGACCGCCAUGAUGGUGUCAUGUUGUUAAUAAGAAGAUUUGAAAAAUAAGGAAUUUCAUUUGCAAUAACGGAGUUUACUAAUCCUGGCUGUGCUGUCAAUGAGACUGCAUCCGGUGGUCGUGUAACAUCAGUGUUAUCAGUGUUUUUCAAAAUGGUCUGACCUUUGACUUGUGAAUCUGUCAUUUAUCACUUGAAUGUAAAGUUGUGUUAAUGCACUGUGACUUUCUCUUUAGAUUAAAAUCUUUGAAAAUGA